GCACGACACUUCACAGCACUUUCAGGCAACCCGGAGACGCGCAUGCGCAGAGGAACAAAACAUCCCAACUGACAUCUGUUGGCUUCUUAAAAACGUUUAAUGGCAGUAUUAGUUACUAUUAUGUUACUAACAACAUUUGUAUUAUAUCUGGUUAAUCUUGUGUAUUUACUUGAAAUAAUAAAAGUAACUUCUUAAAAGGUAUUUCUAUUAUUAUUUCCUAAUAGUAACAGACAUACGGUUUGUAGGCUAUAACCCGAACCUCAUUGCUAACUGUGCAUGUAAGAAUGACAUUUUCAUGUUGGUACACAACCUUUUUAAUAUUGGCUUAUUUGUAAUGAUAUAACCUACAAAAAGUGUAACUUGUGUGACUAUUUGUGAACGCUAACUUGACCAUAAGUGCACACCUGCACCGUACCCCAACUCCUAUCCUCUUUCCUUUUCCUUCUUAAGACAAUAACUCACUGGCUCCUCUGGGUCCCAACCAUCCUCCCCCUUCUCCUCCUCCUCUUUCUCCUUUACUCUCUCGAGUUCUUCGCCUCCUCCCUUCACAUCCUCCCAUUUGUAAAGCCAAACAAGGUAGAGGAGGUAGGAAACAGAGCGGAGGAGGGCGAUCUAACGUGCCCUCCUCAUCCUGUCUCUCCCACUUUUCCUCCUCUUUCAUUUCCUCGUCCUUUGUCCUCGGUGCUUCCUCCUGACACUUUACUUUUUUACUGCAAUUUACAACAAGAUGAAUACGUCUAAAUUCUUGAAUGAGUGUAUCAAAGCCAGCGUUUUUUCUCACCUCUCCUCCUGAAGUGGACUGAGGUCAUUUGGAAGGAGACGCGGAAUUCUCCUUUCCCCAAAACUAUUUCCUCCAACAUGACCUCUAAUUCCAAUUUAAGCAGCAUGCGACGGCUGGUGGAACAACUGCGGCUUGAGGCCAGCGUGGAGAGAAUAAAGGUGUCCCAGGCGGCUGCAGAGCUCCAGCAGUACUGUCUGCAGAACGCAGGCAAAGACGCCCUGCUGGUGGGCGUCCCCGCGGGCAGCAACCCCUUCAGGGAGCCUCGCUCCUGUGCUGUAGUGUGACGAGGAAGUGGACACAACUGUGGCGCCUCACUCCCGGAUGAAACAAUCCCCUUCGUAACAACUUUUAUUAGAAAGAUAUUAUAUGUUCUUCGUGUUCGGCUACGACAGUAUUUACAUAUUAAAGUCUCUAUUUAUAUAACC